GCACACUUCAAUCGUUAGUCUGGCAUCGGGCACUGUUGAGCUAUCAAUCGUCGGCGGUCCCAGUGUUCUAGUCCAGACGCCACGCUGAGGAUUUAUGGUAAACACUGUCAAACUCGGUUCUCUUCUUAGCUAUUCUAGGACUGCUGGAACUUAAACCAGCGUGGCUGCCAUCUGACGUCUUGUUUUGGUGUUCUUCAUAUGCUUGAGCCCUGCGGCCGAUCCCUUCAGUCCACAACACAUCCGCUCACUCUCCGUCGAUCGUUGACGAGUGGCAUACCGCUCGACGAAACGUCGCCAUAUACACUCGCUUUGCUCAAAGAUACCCACGUUCACUCCAUAGUACCUAAUCAGCAAUCAUGAGCCACAGUUUCCUUGACGCACCUGCUCUCAGCAGCAGGUCGUCGGUGGAUGACUUCUCACAUAAUGCAAGCGGCACACAAACACCAAGAAGCAGAGCUUCUCAGAGAGUUGGACGACACAAAUCUUCAUUCAUCAUGGAGCAGCUUCCUCCUCCAUCUCCAUCUUGGACACCUGCGCCUUCAAUCGGGCCAAUGAGCGGCACCACCACAGCACGCACAUCGCGACGCAACUCCUUCACAUCUAUGCACUCAAUGGCCAGUCAAGGAGGCAUCAUGGAAGAGAUCAAGCAUGAGGCUAUGGUCAACUUCCUCUUCCAGCAACAGUGUAAAAAGCUUUGGAUCAGCAGCGGCAGUGGCGACAUCGAGGGUGUUCUCGUGAGAAAAUCAAGAGGCAAUUACGCGGCAUGCCCACCUGCGCUGACUGAGUCUUCGCUCGGCUACUACGCAUCGCUCAUCAACCUUCCGGUUGUCAUCACAAUCAACUCUCGCGUCAUCCAGGCAUUCGUUCAGUUCACACCAGAUGCGACCGACGUCCCUCUCGGAAAGGGUCUUCACAUCCAGAUUCUUCCCUCCAUCGACGAUUUGCCCAAGGCGCGCAAGAACCAGGGCGCUGCUUUCCUCGCAGCUGAGCAGUUGCUUCUGGUUUGGGACGACGACCCAAACGCGAUCUUUGCUCGCGCGGUGCACAUUGAGGACGAGCUGAUGAAGCUUGUCUGGAGGGCCGGUGAGCCUGAAGAAGCAGAGGAGGAGAUCAGCGAGAAGAAGGGCCCUGCAGUGGUCGAAACUGAGAUCGAUGAGGAGACUGGCGAGUACAAGCCUGAAGUCCGCCCUACCAACAUCAUGAACGGUGUACUGGUCGGAAUCACCCUCGUCAUCAUCACUGUCAUGUUGGGUCUCGGAUUCAAGCAGAUUGCUGUCCAGGUCAUGGUCGACCAGAACUACAUCCGAAUCGCCUUCCUGAUCUUGAUCCCCGUCCAGAUCUUCUUCACGCUUUUCUUUGCGCAGGUUAUUGUUGGUUGUAUCGCACAAAUGAUUGGUCCUAUUCGCCAGAUGAAGACCAACUCCAGGUACUACUCCGCGCUUCUGCCCCGCCGUCUGACUGGCAAGCUUCCCCAUAUCACCGUUCAGUGCCCUGUCUACAAGGAAGGUCUCCAAUCCGUUAUUGCGCCAACCGUCAAGUCACUGAAGGCCGCCAUGGCUACGUACGAGCUUCAAGGUGGAUCUGCCAACAUCUUCAUCAACGACGAUGGUCUGCAGCUCAUCGACGAGGAGGAGCGCCAGGCACGUAUCGAGUUCUACCAGGACCACAGCAUUGGCUGGACUGCUCGUCCUAAGCACGGUCUUGACGGCUUCGUCCGCAAGGGAAAGUUCAAGAAGGCCUCAAACAUGAACUUCGGUCUCAUGCUGAGCAACAAUGUCGAGGAGAAGCUUGCCUCCGUCCAGCGAGACCAGAGUUGGACUCAGGACGACGAAGCCAAGGAGUACGAGCGCUGCCUCAAGGAAGUGGUCGAGGAGCACGGCCGCGCCUGGGCCGAUGGCAACAUCCGUGUUGGGGACUACAUCAUUCUCAUCGAUUCUGACACUCGUGUCCCUGUCGACUGUUUCCUCGAUGCCGCAUCCGAAAUGGAGCAGUCUCCUGAAGUUGGUAUUAUGCAGUUCUCCUCUGGUGUCAUGCAGGUUGUUCACAACUACUUCGAGAACGGUAUCACGUUUUUCACCAACAUGGUCUACACUGCUAUUCGUUACACUGUUGCCAACGGCGAUGUCGCUCCUUUCGUCGGCCACAACGCCAUUCUUCGCUGGUCUGCUGUUCAACAGGUCUCGUACUAUGACGAGGACGGCUACGAGAAGUUCUGGUCCGAGUCCCACGUCUCCGAGGAUUUCGACAUGUCUCUGCGUCUUCAGGUCAACGGCUACAUCAUUCGUCUUGCAGCCUGGGCCGGCGAGGGUUUCAAGGAGGGUGUUUCUCUGACUGUCUAUGAUGAGCUUGCCCGAUGGGAGAAGUACGCCUACGGUUGCAACGAGCUUCUGUUCAACCCGAUGCGCUUCUGGAUCACCCGCGGUCCCUUCACCCCUCUUUUCCGCAGCUUUUUGUUCUCCAACAUCCGCUUCACCUCCAAGGUUACCAUCAUCUCAUACAUCGGAACAUACUACGCCAUUGGCGCUGCCUGGAUCAUGACAAUCGCCAACUACUUUGCUGUAGGAUGGUUCAACGGUUACCUCGACAAGUACUACCUCGACUCCUGGAAAGUUUGGUUCUCUAUCGUCAUCGUCUUCACUGGUCUCGGUAACCUGUCUCUUGCUAUCAUGCGCUACCGUGUUGGUGACAAGGGAUUCCUGGCCGCACUGUUCGAGAACAUCAAGUGGAUUCUGAUGAUGGCUACUUUCUUGGGUGGUCUCUCCCUGCACGUCUCCUCGGCUCUCCUUGCUCACAUGUUCGAGUACGACAUGCAGUGGGGUGCCACUGCUAAGGAAGCCGAGUUCUCCAACUUCUUCAUUGAAGUGCCCAAGGUCCUCAAGAGCUUCAAGUACUCCAUUGCUUUCGGUCUUUUCGGCAUCGCCGGCAUGAUCAUUCUGGCUGUUGGUCCCUUCAUUCCCUACGGCUGGGAGAUCACCGACUUCGUCGCGAUCCUGCCGAUGGCUAUGGUGUGCGGAUCGCACUUGUUGCUCCCAAUUGCGCUCAACCCUGCGCUUAUGACUUUCACUUUCUAAGCCUGUCAUGUUCAUAUCAUGUUUUGGCGUUCUAUAUCGAGCCGGCGAGCUCAUUGUUCAUUACCCACUGGCGGCGACCAGACAUACUAUCGUGCAUACGCAAGGCGCCAUAUACACUCUCUCUUUGAUGAGUAUAGAGAUUAGACAUAAUGUAUAAAGUGCAAAUCACCAACCCUU